AAUCUGCAAAAGAUGUUUUUAAUGUUGUCACAAUAUGUUUCAUUACUUAAUAACGAGUUAGAAAAAAUACAAGUUACGAUUUUGAACAUAAUUCAUGAUAUUCAUCACGACAAAUUCAGCACUCUGUUAUUGGGGCCAAAUCAAGUAGCAGCAUAUUUAGAAGAUUUGGUUCAAAUCAUUCCGGAAGGAUUACAAGCACCAUCUCUAACACAGUUAUAUAAAUUGACAACAAUAAAGUCCAAAAUUACAAAAACAUCAGUUAUAUUCGUGUUAUACAUCCCAUUAAUAAAAUCAACAGAAUUCGAAGUAUACAAAAUGAUUCCUUUUCCUCAACUAAUUAACGGCACAUUUUGUAGUAUUGAAACUAGUAAUGAACUAUUUUGGACUAAUUUGCAUAGGGAUACAGCAUAUACGUUAUCAGAUAUAGAAUGGAGGGACUGUAUUUCUGUCAGUUCUGAGAAUUUCUCAUGUGAACAAUUGCGACCAUUAUAUACUAAAGAAACAAAAGAGGUAGAAUGCGAAUUUAAUUUAAUAGCUCAGCAAACAAUAGCAGAUAAAUGCAACAUAAAACUAACCAAAAGUAAUAAAUAUUGGGUUCAACUAACAAGAAAGAAUUCAUGGCCUUAUUCAUUAGAUAAGGAGUAUCUUUUUAAUACUGUGUGCGAUGGUCUCGUUUAUCAACAAAGGCUUAAAGGGACUGGAUUAUUGAAUUUUCAUGAAAUUUGUCUACUGAAGGAUAACGGAGUAGUCAUACAAACUUUUCAAAUAUCAAGCAGUGAAUACAGGAAAGUCUCACCUUCAAUAAAUAUGCCACAAUUACAAAAAGAAUUGGAAUCUUCAUUAUUUAGCAGUGUGCAUAUUAACAGUUUAAAUUUAACAGAUACAUUUUCUGCCAAAUAUGGCAAAAUUAAGCAGCAAUUACAAGCCUUGAAGAAGCAGGAAAACAGUUUUCAAGCAAUGUCAUAUCAUGAUAAACAUCAGUAUAUAGUAAGUUACAGCGCAAUUGUAGUCAGUGCUCUGAUAAUAUCAAUGUAUAUUAGUAAGAAAUACAUAUUCAAUAAAAAUCACAAAUUAGUCGAACAACCACAACAUAUACAACUAAGAACUCAAGACUUCCAGAUUUGAUGCCAGAGACAUCAACGCGUGGAGAAUGUUUACGCCAGCUAAAAUGAUUUUAGUUUUAAGAAUAAAAUAUGAAUUAUGUUUAAAAUUGACCGUCAUAAAAAUUAAUAGUUUUUCUAAAAAUAUGUAAAAUCUUAAAUUUGAAAAUAAUAUCACAAUUUAUGUCGCAUUUUCGUCAUUAUUUAUUUAGGAUAAUUUUUUACACUUGUUUUUAAGGAAUUAUUUUAACAAUUAGUUGAAGAAACAUAAAUAAAAUUACAAAGAAAAAUACAAAAAUAGCAUAACACAUGUUAAUCAAUCUAGUAAAUACAUAUUUUGAACUACAUGUGUUGAUAAUAAAAUGUAACGAAAUAACAUUUAGGCAAUAAAUUUUAAAUAGCGACAAAGGACGAAAUGCAAUUAUAAUUUCAUUUUAAUAGUUUUAAAAUUUAAAGUUGUAAGAGUAGGGAUGAGUUGUUUAUUUUAAUUUUAAUAUAUAAGAGUUAAUACUUGGUUAAUAAAGUUAGAAUUAAAAAUAUUCUCAAGAGACAUAUAUCAAGUUAUUUUUAUUUUGACUGCUAUACAAGUAUCAUAAUAUAUAUAUAAUAAAU